CGGGGUGGUACACUGACUGGCUGAGUCUGCCGUGAGGAGGGGAGAUGGAUGCGACGCCGCUGUCUACCGGCUGUGUGAAUGAGAUGGAGGCCGGUGGAGAUGAAGAGGGAGAGGCUCGGGAGGAGAGCAAGGAGGUGAGAGAUGAUUGCCAGAGACUCACUGCAGAGAGAGAUGAGGCUGAAAGGCAACUCAAGCACAUUAAACGGGUUUCCCAAAUGGUGAUCGAGGAGGUAAACGUGUUACAGACCCAGCUUGAGAUUGAGAAAUCGUGCCGGGAAAAUGCAGAGGCUCUGGCAACCAAGCUGAACUGUGAGAACAGGAAGCUGAAGUAUUUGAGCUUGUCAUCACGGCCGUGUCUGGACGAGCUGCUGCCAAGUAUUUCUGACUGCAUUUCUCUGGAAGAAGAGGCUGACCCACAAGAUCCUGGCUCUGAUCCUUUCUCACAGUAUAAGCAGCAGGUCAAAGAUCUCCAAGAAACCGUGAGUUCUUUGCUGGAGGAGAAGAAGCAGCUGACUUGUCAGCUGCAAGAUCAGCAGAGGCAGAUUGAGGAGUUGACGGCACUCACUGAAAAGGAGCAGGCUGAGAUGAAGGAGCUUUAUAAAACCAUUGAGCAGCAAAGCAAGACCAUUAAGAGGUUCAACAGGGUGUCUAUGAUGGCCACUCACGAGUAUGAAAACAUGAAGGAGCAGCUGGAUUUGGAACAGAGCCUCAGGCAGAAAGCAGAGACCUACGCACAUGAGAUGAUGGUGAAACAGAAAGAAGCAAACAGACAGAGCAUGAUUCUGCUGCAGCAGGCAGAUCCCAGCAUUCAGCUGCUGAAAGCUUUAGAAGAUGUGGCUAAUGUGACCAAAACAUUAGAAGAAGAGAGAAUACAGCACCAAGAGAAGGUUAAAGCUCUAGAGACUGAACUGGACGAAUGUGCUUUACGUAAGCAGCUAGUUCAACUGCAAAGACAACUUGAGAUAUUAGACGAAGAGAAGAAAGAGACCGAGGGACGACUGCAGGAGGAAGAGAAGAGAAACACUCUUUUGGAACAGAAAGUUAAAGAGCUGCAGGAGGAGAGGAAGAGCUGCGCUUCAGCAUCAGGCCCCUCGCCUGGGACUGCUCCUCCCCCGGCCCCUCCUCCUCAACCACCACCCCCUCCCCCGCCGCCUCCUCCUCCACCUCCCCCGCCUCCUCCCUCCCGCUGCAACCCCCUCAGCUCUCUCAUUGCCAUUAUGAGGAAAUCGUCCAAGGGAGGUAAAGGAACCCCCAAACUAGAGCAAGCCCCAGUGAAUGAAGCCGUGGACGAUGUCAAAGUCAAAGCUGUCAAUGAAAUGAUGGAGAGAAUUAAACACGGUGUGGUUCUCAGGCCUGUCAAGAGUCAGGACACUAAGAGAUUUGGCACAAAGCAGCCGAGCCCAGUGGCAGCAGCAGCAGCGGCAGCAGCGGUGGAGGAAAAGCACCAGGAAAGUGCAAUGGAAGAGCUGAAAGGCAUUCUGGAGACGGUAAAGAAGAGUCCCAGUCGUGGUUUCCAGGAAGUAGUUCAUGCUAAAAAGGACAGUGAACUGGAAGUAAUUCUGAGGAGAAGACGCAAACAGGCCUGUGAUCCGGACAAAGAAGAUGAUGGGCAGCUCAGUAAAGUUUCCUCAUCAAACAGCCUGAACGGCCGACACAGUUCUGACUCUGGCAAAGACACAGAAGGGCCGGGCACCAGCUCUCUGUCGGGCAGUGAGCGCGGAUCAAGAACCAGCUCAGACUCGGGCCGAGAGCCAGCCGUGGCUCGACAGAGCUCAGACUCUGGCAUGGAGUCCAAAGGAGCGGCUCAGACAGACAGCGUCUGCAGAUCUCUCUCUGAGAAAGAGCCGGCUGAGCCAGUGACCAACGGGUGCUGUUCAGGUGAAAUGAAGGAUGGCAAUCCAGAGAAGUGGGCAGGGCCCAACGGGAUCGGCCAUACGGAUGCAAGCGAUGACCUGCAAACUACCAUCAGCUCCUCUGCACAAAGCCCCAAUGCAGCAAACGGUAGCACAGAUGCCGAGUGUUAACGGCAAGCGGCGCUGCAAGGACAGCUGCAUUAUUUGCACAAAACCAUGCUUUCUAAAUUUGUUUAUUCCAAAUUCAAAACCAACCGUUCAUAUUUAAAAUAAAUAUAGAAAGAUCAUUUCAUCAUUUGCAGCUUGAAAAAAAGAAAAACUUUUACCGGACAACACGUUUUUCCUUUCAGUGUAAAUGUACUGUACCAAUAAACACAGGGUGUUUAGACAUUAGAGACAUCAAACGCUUCAGAUUCAUUCUGCACAGUAGUUGAUAUUAGAUUCAUCUUGGAUUCAUAGAUUCAACAUCUGAGUCAAUUUUCCCUAAGAAUGCAAGCAAGGAAACUUUAAUGAUGAAGAGUGUGAUUUCUGUGCCACUAGCAGCAGAAUUUAAGCAAACUGUCUCAGCGUUUUUUCUCCACACAAUGAAAGUCAAUGGGGUCCAAAACAUCACUAGACUUUUUUGUUUCACAGAACAAAUCCCUCAAACUAUCCCUUAUAGGUAAAUGCAUUUUGCAUGCUAACCAGUCAAACCUUGAUGCCUUGGGCCCAAGUUUAGGUCAGGACUACUUGACAAAUGCUGUUGGUGGCACAGAAUAUACUUCAGAUUCAAUGCAAAGCAGUAAAACAAUCCUGACACAAUCACUGCACUGCACAUCAUGGCACCUUUGCUGUUACAAAAAGGUCCUAAGUGUGGACUAGACUAUCCAAAUUAAUCAAGAGAUGCAAUUAUAAGCCAUUCAAGCGAUUCUUUCCUUAAAGAGGAACUGUUGUGGUCUGUUCUGUCUACCUCUUAAGACACACUCACCUCUUUGGGAUCCAAAUCGUACAUCUUAGAUCUUAUGAAAAUGAAUACCAUCAAACCAUGGAGGGCUACGCACUCAUGUCUUCCACCCAUUUUCAAAACUUUGCACUGCAUGAAUGCACUGUAGAAAAGUUUGGCUUUGAUCAACAGUUGCGUCUUGAUUAGAUCCGCUCACUAAUGCUGAGCUGUUCCAAUGCAAUAUCAUCUGCGAAUUGUAAUAUUGUGCAGGAUCAGGCUGCCUUUAAUAACUGCGAAUAUUUGCCUUGUGACUCCUCUUGACUCGAAGUGGAUCAUGUUAAUGGUACGAAUAUUAAUGGGACUGUACACUUAAAAUUUUUUCACAAGUUUUAAUUAAAAACUUAAGUUCAGCAGCUGCCUUAAAAUUUUAAGUUAAAUCAACUUUAAACUACAAGUAAUUUCAACUCACUACAAUAAAAUGAAAUUACUUUUGUACUUUUAAAGGAGAAGUCCCCUUCCAGAACAAAAAUUGACAGAUAAUGUGCUCACCCCUUGUCAUCCAAGAUGUUCAUGUCUUUCUUUCUUCAGCCAUAAAGAAAUUGUUUUUUGAGGCAAACAUUUCAGGAUUUUUCUCCAUAUAAUGGACUGAUAUGGUGCCCUGAUUUUGAACUUCCAAAAUGCAUUUUAAAUGCGGCCUCAAACGAUCACAAAUGCGGUCGUAAACGAUCCCAGCCGAAGAAGAAGGGUCUUAUCUAGUGAAACAAUCAGUUAUUUUCAUAAAAAUAUACAAUUUAUAUACUUUUUAAUGUCAAACGCUCGUCUUGUUUCGCUCUCCCUGGACUGUUUUUGUUCCGGUUCAUGACAGUUAGGGUAUGUCGAAAAACUCAUGAACAUCUCAUGUUCUCCUUCAACUUCGAAAUCGUCCUGUAUCUCUGUUUUACCUUUUUUGUUAAGGGUAUUUGAUCUUCUUUGCACGUUCACUUUGCAAAGACUGGGUUGGUACUUCUGCAGUGAUGUAGGAUGAGUUUGAAAUAAUUUUUAAAGUUGAGGGAGAAAAUAUGAUUGGAGUUUUUCGACAUACCCUAACUGUCUUGAGUCAGAAAACACAGAGUUCAGGGAGAGCAAGACAAGAGGAGUGUUUGACAUUAAAAAGUAUUUAAAUUGUAUCUUUUUAAUGAAAAUAACCAAUCGUUUCGGUAGAUAAGACCCUUCUUUCUUGGUUGGAAUUGUGUACAACCGCAUUUGGGAUCGUUUGAAGCUGCAUUUAAACUCCAUUUUGAAAGUUCAAAAUCCCUUAAAAAACAUAAUUUCUUUAAAGCUGAAGAAAGAAAGACAUGAACAUCUUGGAUGACAAGGGGUUGAGUAGAUUAUCUGUCAAUUUUUGUUCUGGAAGUGGACUUUUCCUUAAGUUGAUUUAACUUUAAAAUUUUAAGGUAGCCGCUGAACUUAAGUUUUUAAGUUGAAACUGGUGAAAACUUUUUACAGUGUAGGGUUCUGGCCAUCUCAGUUGUCCUGGUCUUAUUGCCCAGUUAACAGAGAAUGUUCUUAGAACGUUGGUUAAUGUUCUGUCAAAGUUAUGAACAGAUGUUCUUUCAGUAACAUUAAUAGAAUGUUCAAUGUUAUCUUGUCUUUAAUAAAGUUCUGAAAAUGUUAGAACAAAAAACGUUAUGUACACAUCAUUCAUGAAAUGUUUUUUUAGUUUUAGUUGGAUUUUCACCUGUGUUUUGCUACUUACUUGUUUCAAAGAACAUUUAAAGUUAAGAGAACAUUCAAAAAUAACAUUUUCACAACUCAAUGUGAAUGCUAGCAAAACGUUCUUAGAAUAUAUUUAUGUUAACUGGGCGGCAACUGCAAUAAUAUUUGACACGGCCGAUAAAUUAUGGUUGCAAUUAUGUAUCACUUGUCAGAAAAUCUGAAUUGUUUUAUUAUAUAUUCUUGUUUUCACUCUGUCGUCACAAGUGAUUCUAAUAACCCACGUUGACGUGACUCAUUUACACUCUUUUUUAAUGUAGGAGACUUGUUUAAAUUGCUCCUUGAUUUCUCACCACUUCUGGAAUGUGUUUUGGCCUUACUGUAUGCACCACUUCUUCCUUUUCAGCCUUAUUGGAGUGUAGGCUUGAUUUUGUAUAAGAACUCUGAGAGGUGAUUGAUCUGACUUGUGAUCUUGAAAUGAGUGUGUUUUGAAGCUUAUACUGAGUGUACCUGUUUUUAUUUAAAUCGGAAUCUCCCUCUUCAACAUACCUUUUAAACAACUGAAUAAACUUAUGAAGAAAUA